AUGGCAAGCUCAGAGUCGGCCGUGUCGGCGAUCGAGCAGGUGCAGUUGAUAGAGAUGGCCAAGAAGGCAGCCGCCUUCACUGCCGUCAAGGACCAUCUGGACCCGCGCUACAAGCACGUCGGCAUUGGGUCAGGGUCUACCGUCGUCUACGUUGUCGAGGCGAUCAAGGAGUUGCACCCAGAGGCCUCGAAGCACAUGACUUUCUAUCCUACGGGCGACCAGUCCAAGGGCCUCAUCAAGGCCGGUGGGCUCCGAGCAGCCCCGAUCGAGGACCGGCCCCAGGGCAGCCUGCUGGACGUCUACUUUGACGGCGCCGACGAGGCCGACGCCGACCUCAACCUGAUCAAGGGUGGCGGCGGCUGCCUGUGGCAGGAGAAGAUCGUCGCCGUGGCCUCGCGCACCUUUGUCUGCAUCGGCGACUUCCGCAAGCUCUCGAGGAACCUGGGCACCCAGUGGAAGCAAGGGAUACCCAUCGAGGUCCUCCCCAAGGCGGCGGAGCACGUGCUGGCCGAGCUGGAGAGGUUGGGCGCGCACUCGCCGCGUCUGAGGUCCGGCUCAGGCAAGGCCGGUUCGGUGGUGACGGACAACGGGAUGCACAUCAUCGACGCCCCCUUUACCCCACUGCUGCUGGCCGGAGACGAGGGUGGGACCGGCGAGAAUGGAAUCUGGAGCGUCGACAGGCUCGCGGCCAAACUGAAGUCGCUGGUCGGCGUCUGUGAGAUUGGCCUCUUCUACGGCCGCAGCGGUCUGGAUGCAAAGGAUGAAGGCGGUGCACAGAAGCCCGUCGCGGCCUAUUUUGGCAUGGCGGACGGCAGCGUGCAGAUCCUCAACCAGGGCUCCCCGCCUGUCACCCUUACAACAUCAAGCACGGGUGGCUCUGGUGGUUCCAAGUAA